GACACGACGCUCGGCCAGGAGCUGCUGGAUAAUGUGUUUCGUCACCUGAACCUGCUGGAGACGGCCUACUUCGGCCUGCGGUUCCUCCACUCCUCCAACCAGCCGUACUGGCUGGAUCCACAAAAGAAGGUCGUCAGGCAGCUUAAAGAUACUGACCCGUUCACACUGUACUUCUGUGUCAAGUUUUACGCAGCGGAUCCCUGCCGAUUGUUGGAAGAAAUCACCAGGUACCAGUUUUUCCUGCAAAUUAAGCAGGAUAUCCUGGAAGGCCGUCUGCCGGUCACCCCGGAGCUGUCGGCUGAACUGGGUGCGCUCGUCAUACAGUCGGAGCUGGGCGACUAUGACCCGAAGCGGCACACGGAUGGCUAUGUGGGCGAGUUCCGGCUCUUCCCCAACAUGACACCAACACUGGAGGAGAAUAUCGUCGAGUACCACAAGACUCUCGUUGGGCGAGUGCCUUCAGUGGUGGAAUUCAACUACCUAGAGAAGGUCCGGUGGCUGGAGAUGUACGGCGUCGACCUGCACCCGGUGCUGGGCGAGGAUCAUACGGAAUACUUCAUUGGCCUGACCCCCGCUGGGGUCAUCGUUCUCAGGGGCAAGGUCAAAGUCAGCAACUAUUUCUGGCCGAGGAUAUCAAAGGUGCACUUCAAAGGGAAAUACUUCAUGCUCCGUGUACGAGAUAAAAACAACGAAGAGAACACCUAUGGGUUCGAGACACCAUCGAAAGAUGCGUGUAAACACCUGUGGAAGUGCUGUGUGGAGCACCACAGUUUCUUCCGCCUGGUACAAGUCAGUCACCCGAGCGGUGGCAAAACCCUCUCCAUCGGCUCCCGGUUCCGCUACAGCGGCAGAACUGAAAAGGAGGCCCAACGGGAGGCUAGUCUGCACCGGCGACCGCCACCCAGCUUCAGCAGGUCAUCCAGCAGGCGGUCCAACACGUCCAGCCGUGCCGGCGACAGCUCACAUCGUGUUCAUCACCGAACGGAUGACGACGCUGACAGGAGAUCUCUGUGUCGGACAGCCCUGUCCAUCCCUCAGCCUGUUCAGAGCAUGUCCAGUAUGUACCGGGCGAACUCGAUGACUCUCCAGUCGCAGUCUCGGCCGGACUCCCCCCGCUCGGUGCGGUCGGCUCCGUUCUCGGCCAACCAGGUCCCUGCGCUGUUCAACAACAGCAGCUCGCUGGGUCGGCCGAGGCGCAGCGCCAGUGUUGAGAGCCAGUCUUCGGUGGACAGCCGCACCCAGCGCAGGCAUCGACACCGGCGCAGUUCGGGUAACGACAGCGACGCGAGCUCUGCGCCGGGAUCGUCACGGGCGCACCGUAAACACCGCCACCGACGACACGAGUCGGGCUCCGAGUCGGAGAGAAGCAGCAGCGGCCGGCGGCACCGCAGCCGGAGGCACAGGCACCACGGUUCCAACUACGAGCUGGUCGACUCGGAGGCACAGUGGCGAGAGGUUCAGCGGCGGCAGGCGGAGGGCUCACUGGCCGCCCCCGCCGCCGCCCCCGCCCACACGGCGCCCGUCGCCCAGCACCGGUCCGGCUACCUCAACUCGGGCAUGGAGACCGAGUCGGAGCUCUCCUACCAGCCCAAACGGCGGGUCCGGAAACACAGGUCACGCUCUAGGUCGCCGGAGACGGAACGCAGUCGUCGCCUGCCGGCUGAGCUGCGGAGACACCUGCAGUUCGAGCUGGUCGACCCUCCGCCGGUGGCCAGCACCGACCCCAUCCCCUACACAAGGGUGGAGACGGACGCGAGAAUGCCGCGGAUAAAGUACGCCGCCAAACGCGUCCAGAAGGAUGAUGUCGGGGAGGGUGCGCCGGGCAGAGCACCGGCCGCCUUCUCCCCCAUCCCUCCGGUCUCGUCGUCAGCGGUGGGCUCGGCCAGUUUCACCACCUCGACCCCUCUCUCCACCCACUACUCCGUCCCGCCGUCCCGGCCGCGACCGGUGCCCUCCGGCAGCACCCUGGCCAGCUACUAUGUCACCACGCCGGCCGUACCGGAACGGCCCAGCCACACGUCACUGGCCGUGCAGACGGCGCCACUGCCAUCUGACGGCCGCGGAGGAAAACCUGUAGUUGGCGCAGCCUCCGCCAGCUCCCGCGCGGCGGCCGGUCGGCUGGUCCUGCCUGUUUCUCGACAUGGACACUUGGCAGCGCCACCAGUCCACCCGGUGGAUGCCCAUCACGAGCACUCCGACUCCGGCCUGGGAAAUGAGUCGCCAAAUGAGUUCACCAGGAUGACGAAUGGGUCACCUGUACAGAGCUCUCUGGCCGACGCCCGUGUAAGUAGCGCCUGCUCAGCGGCCGCCGCUGCCACCGCCGCCGCUCUGCCUGCGUCCGCUCGGCUCUCCCACACCGCUCUGCCGCCGCUCUCCGCCUCUGCCUCCUCCCACACUCUGACCGACCCGUUCCGACCGCCCUGCUGGACGGCCUCUCUGCCGCGAAAACCGGCCGCUCCGCCGGCGUAUGAGACGGGUUCGCUGCGCCGCCGGCCCGAGCCGCCCUGCUGGCGCGGCACCUCCACCCUACCCCGACCCUCCACCAAGUCCUCAGCGGACAUAAUCAGCGCGUACACCGGCUCGGCCGCGGCGCGACCCAGUCAUGUCAUCCUACCUCCCGCGUCAUUCCAGAACACCACCCCCAUCAGCAGUGCAUCCACCACCACCUCGACCGCCACCGCUACCUCCACCGCUUUCACCUUUCCCUCCGCCUCCACCGGCACCGGUAGCGCCUCGAGCGACCCCACCGCCACCACCGCCGCCACCGCCACCGCCGCUAACUGUCCACCAACCGCUAACAGCAGCUUUGAAGGCGGCAGCGCCGAGCUGAACGGCUUUGUCUCGGAGCUUCGUCAGCUGAUGAGCGGGGAGGGCAGCGAUCCGGCGUGGCCUAGCAGCGACGCCAGCGACACAGCGGCCACGCCGCGCCAGGGGCGGCGGCCGGGCGGGGGCGGCGGCGGCGGCGGCGGCGGAGGCGCGGCGGCAGGCCUCAGCCGAGCGCACCGGUCCGACAGCGCCGGGUCUCUAGAGCUAAUACUGACCCCGCUUGUUAAUUCAACCACACAGUCGUACCGUCGGUAGUGGCCAGCGUUCCCCGGACCGACAGUUCACGACCCCAGCGGCUUCACGAGAUCGCUACUCCUCUCUGAGUGAGACCUGCCGGCUGUCACGGAAAAACUGCCGGACAAUAGGUAACGCUGGAGUGGCGUCGGGUCACGGAAAUCACACCAUUUGGGUGUGUUUGAGUGAAUGUGACGGCCAUAACAGGUCUCCAGAGGCUGCCGAGUGGUUGGGAUAGGUGGGGAUUUUGGAGUUUGAGACGUGUUUUCAGCCAUGACAUGAGACGGUUCUCAAGAAACAGAUGCCAUGACAAUUGAUGUGUUUGUGGCCAGUUGUGUGCACAUAGCGGGAGCAGAUGAGGGAUUUAUAAAUAGUCGUGCUCUCGAGUUUUUGAAGGUCAACUCUGUGUCGUACUUGUUGGAAUGUUGCCCCGCUUCAUUGUUCAUGCGACGAUGAAAGCGAACAUCAAAGUAUUCAAUGUGCAUAAGACGGGGAUGUGAAAACAUUGAUGUGAUGUACAGUUGAUGGCUUGUUCUUUUGUUAAGUUAAAAAUGCUGCAGUGUGAGUUUUAUUAUUUAAGCGAACAAAUGCUCAGUGUUGUAUUAUUUGACUUUGUAUUGCUGAAUAGCGAAAUCGGUUCCGUCUUAUGCCUAGGACAUUCAAUAAAAAUAUGGCAUCAGUUUUUGUGUACCGUGUGUUCUGUGUUUUUCUUUGAUUUUUAGUUGAUAACCCUGAUGUUUUGCGUCGCUCACGUCAUUAAAUCAUCAUAUAAAUAAACGUCAUUGUUGCCAA